CCGGAGCGGUCGCCCUACCCCUGCUAUGGCCGCGCCGGUGACGCGGCAGGUCAGCGGCUGCGCGGGUCCGGUCCUGACCCCAACCGGCUUAGACACAGAACCCGGGCAGCCCCUGGCAGCUGCCGUGGCUGAUCUGCCGGUGCUGGAUGCGUCCGGGAGACGGGUGUCUUUCGGCGCGCUGUUCCGGGAGCGUCGGGCCGUGGUGGUGUUCGUGAGGCAUUUCUUGUGUUACGUCUGUAAAGAAUAUGUCGAGGAUCUGGCCAAAAUCCCCAAGAGCUUCCUCCGAGAAGCGGAUGUCACCCUCAUAGUGAUUGGGCAGUCAUCGUACCAUCAUAUUGAGCCUUUCUGCAAACUGACUGGAUAUUCUCAUGAAAUCUAUGUUGAUCCUGAGAGAGAAAUUUAUAAAAGAUUGGGAAUGAAAAGAGGUGAAGAAAUUUCCUCCUCAGGACAGAGCCCCCACAUAAAGUCCAACCUGCUUUCGGGAAGCCUUCAGAGUCUGUGGCGGGCAGUCACUGGUCCGCUUUUUGACUUCCAAGGAGACCCAGCUCAGCAAGGCGGAACCUUCAUUUUCGGUCCAGGUAACAGCAUCCACUUUGUGCACCGAGACAGGAAUAGGUUGGAUCACAAGCCCAUAAACUCUGUUUUACAGCUUGUGGGAGUUCAGCCUGUGAACUUCAUGAGCAGACCUACAGUUAUCCAUGUGUGAAUGGGCCCUUGAAAUGUGAGACAAAAUGCCAGGCUUCAUGAGAUUAUGAAAACACAAAACUCAUGUGCCUAUAGAACUAUUCUGAGAGGCAUCAGGAAAAAGCAUUUUAAAUUUUAUAGCCUCUAUAAUUAUCCAUUCAAUGAAAGAUUUUUGACAACUAAAAUAUAAGAAGGGGGCUGGAAAGAUCACUUCGUGGUUAAGAGCACUUGCUUCUCUUGCAGAGGACCUAGGUUUGGCUCACAGUUGUCUGUAACCUCAGUUCUAAGGUAUCCAACACCUUCUUCUGGCCUUGGGGACCAGGUGCACGUGUGGUAAACAUGCAUAAAUGUAGGCAAGCACUCAUACACGUGAAAGAAGGAUAAAUAAAUCCUAUAAAACUACAUACAUGCCGGGCGGUGGUGGCGCACGCCUUUAAUCCCAGCACUCGGGAGGCAGAGGCAUGCGGAUCUCUGUGAGUUCGAGGCCAGCCUGGUCUACAAGAGCUAGUGCCAGGACAGGCUCCAAAGCUACAGAGAAACUUUGUCUCGAAAAACUUAAAAAAAAAAACAAAAACAAAAACUACAUACAUAUGUGCAUGUAUGCAUGCGUGUAUGAAGGGAAGGGAAGAAUGGGUCAGGUAUGGUGGCACAGGUUUGUAAUCCUAACACUGAGUAAUGGGACAAAAAUUCAGCCUGCCCAAGCAAUGGUGGUGCAUACCUUUAAACCCAGUGCUUGGGAGGCAGAGGCAGGCGGAUCUCUGCUAGUUCGAGGCCAGCCUGGUCCGCAAGAGCUAGUUCUAGGACAGGAUCCAAAAGCUACAGGGAAACCCUGUCUCGAAAAACAAACAAACAAACAAACAAAAAGCAAAUAAAUGUACAGUCAGAUGUGAUGGUGCAUGGAUGGGGAGGAGGCAGGAAUUCUAGAACAGACUUACCUUUCUAGAUACCUGCUUUUCUCACCCCCAAAUCUGUCUUAUUUAGAAAACUAUUGUCAUAUUUUACUUUUUAAGAAUUUUAGUUUUGCCGGGCGGUGGUGGCGCACGCCUUUAAUCCCAGCACUUGGGAGGCAGAGGCAGGCGGAUCUCUGUGAGUUCG